AUGUCAUCUCCACACGGCGGUUUAUUGGGCCACGUCGGUUUCGAAGAUAUCAAGCUGUCGCCUACCACCUGGAAGCCAGUACGAACAGCACGAUGGAGUCUGGAUCUUGUUCGACCUGAAUUCCUCACAUUCCGUCCAGGUCCUAAAACCAGAGUCGUCCGACCGACUGCAUGGCUGGAUGGCCUGAGAGGGAUUGCUGCGCUUUUGGUAUACCUACAUCAUAAUCAACUCUGGGCUCACGAUGACCGCGGUAAUCAAAUCCUCGAGAACGCUUUCGGCUAUGAAGGCAGACACUACUUCGCAGCAUUACCAUUCGUACGCCUGUUCUUCUCCGGUGGCCACUAUGCAGUCGGAGUGUUCUUCGUCAUAUCUGGAUAUGUGUUGUCUUUCAAAAGCCUGACGCUGAUUCACGAUGGUCAGAUGUCUGGUGUUGCAGACACGCUUGCCUCUGCACUCUUCCGCCGAUGGCUACGACUAUACAUCCCGAUCAUCGCAGUAACCUUUUCGUGGCUCUCUUUCCGGCACUGGAGUGGCUUGUGGAUCGACAUGGAGCCCAUGCAUGGUUCAUAUCGCGAGGAUCUUGUCCACUAUUACCAAACUUUCAAAAAUUACAGUUUCGUCUUCUCAACCAACGUUUACGAGUUCACCAAGCCAUACCAGCCGCAUACUUGGUCGAUACCGGUCGAGUUCAAAGGAUCCAUCAUCGUCUACACAACCCUGUCUGCCCUAUCCCGGUGUACCAAAAAUGCCCGACUUUUGUGUGAGGCCGCUCUUGCCAUCUAUUUCCUUUACAUUGUAGACGGCUUUUACGGCGCAAUGUUUGUAUGUGGAAUGUUGCUUUGCGAUCUCAAUCUGCUGGCCGAGAGAGAAGAGCUUCCCCGUGUCUUCACGGUUCUUUCGGGCUUCAAGGAGUUCAUCUUCUUUCACUUAUUUAUCCUUGCACUCUACCUUGGCGGAGUACCCGCAUUCGAUGCGCCUGAUACCGACCGCGCCGUUCUACUCACGAAGUCCCCAGGGUGGGUUUGGUUAUCUCAUCUCAAACCCCAGGCUGUGUUCGAUGCGAAAUGGUUUUAUCUCUUCUGGGCGUCGUUCCUCACUGUCGCAUCAGUACCGCGCUUGCCAUGGCUGAAGCGCUUUUUCGAGACGCGGUUCUGUCAGUAUUUUGCGCGCAUAUCCUUUGCGCUGUACCUGGUGCAUGGUAUUGUUAUCUGGUCUCUUGGUGAUAGGCUCUACGCUGCGGUAGGGCUUGCCAGGGUUGGUCAUAAAGACGGCAUACCUUGGUGGGUCAACAAGUUCCCGCUACCUACAAAAGGACCAAUGGGCCUUGAGUUGGCAUUUUGGGCAACGCAGCUCAUCAUACUGCCUGUAACCCUGUACCUUGCCGAAGUUUUCACCAAGCUCAUUGAUGAGCCGAGCGUAAAGUUUACCAAUUGGCUUUACGGGAAGACCCUGCCGCAAAGGACUUUUGCGCCAACGUUUCAGCGUAGCCAAUCGUUCCGAUAG